AUGACUCGCCGAUCUGGUACUCUUCUGUUUGGAAAUCUGCGUGCAUACUCUCGCACCGUCUUCAUAGUAUUACCGUCGCAAAAACUAUACACGAAAACCAUAUCAGCAUAUUCAACAUUAGGAUAUGUAUGCGUGAGUGAUAAUUUUCUAAAAGCUCGCAAGAUAGUCUUAGUUUUUGAUGGAAUUGAUACGUUUGCCAAUAUUUAUUUGAAUAAUCACAUGCUCGGAGAGACUUCAAAUAUGUUUUUGAGAUAUAUUUUUGACGUGACAGAUUUUAUUAAGAAAAAACAGAAUCAAUUGAAAGUCAUAUUUCGUUCGGCUGUUAAAGUAGCCGAAGAUUUAUAUAAUGAACAAAAAAACUAUUAUGUUGUACCACCAGUAUGUGUACCUAAGGAAUAUAAUGGACAAUGCCAUAUAAACCACAUUCGUAAGAUGCAAGCUAGUUUUUCAUGGGAUUGGGGACCUGCUUUUCCCUCAAUUGGCAUUUGGAGAGAUGUUAAACUGAUUUCCGUAAAUGAUAUAUUAAUCAAUGACAUUACGACUGACAUACGCAAAGAAAAUAAUGUCUGGAACAUUCUUAUUACAAUAUUUCUUGAGGCAACGCAGAGUAAGAACGAAGAAUUUACACAAAUCAGUUGUCAUAUAGCGUCGAUAUUGCAUAUUACACAAAACAAAUUUAUUAGCAAUAUUAGCGAGGUUGUACUCGAUGCAAGUAAAAAGUACAUAAAUAUUAACAUUUCGCUCAUCGUGCCUGCGGAUGCCGUAGAGAACUGGUGGCCGAAUGGUUAUGGCAAGCAACACUUGUAUUAUCUAACCACUACUGUGACAACGGCAAAUGAUGUACUAUUCAAACGGAUUCGUAUAGGCUUCAGAAUGGUGCAGCUCAUUGAAACAUCUCUGAAAAAAGGACUGAGUUUCUUUUUCCGCAUAAAUGACAUACCGAUAUUCAUUAAAGGUAGCAACUUUAUUCCAGCCAGUAUUUUCCCCGAGCUAGGCGCAAAAGAAGAUACCAUCAGACACUUGUUGUUAUCUGCCAAAGAGACGCAUAUGAACAUGUUAAGAGUAUGGGGCGGUGGUGUUUACGAGUCGAAAUUAUUUUACGACUUAGCCGACGAAUAUGGGAUUAUGAUUUGGCAAGAUUUCAUGUUUGCAUGCGCUAUGUAUCCUAUGAGUGAUUCAUUCUUGAAGAGCGUAAAAGAAGAAAUAUCGCAAAACGUAAUACGUUUGAAAAACCAUCCAAGCAUUGUUGUUUGGGCUGGUAAUAACGAAAACGAAGCGGCACUUUAUGGUAAUUGGUAUGGUACCGGUUCUGCUCAGGUAUAUAGAGAAGAUUAUGUAAAACUUUACGUGAAUCUAUUGAAGAGAGAAAUGGAGAAACUAGAUCUAACAAGACCAUUUGUCGUGUCUAGUCCGGGCAACGGGGCGUUUGAAAAAACAUAUAAUUAUACUGGAGUGAAUCCUUAUUUAAAUCUUUACGGUGAUGUUCACUAUUAUAAUUACAUUAGAAAUGGAUGGGACAUCACUCAGUAUCCUCAGACAAGAUUUUGCUCCGAAUAUGGAUUUCAAUCUUGGCCAUCGAUUUACACGAUAGCAACCGCUAUAGAAAAUAUAAAAGAUCUUCAUAUUGACAGCGACUUCGUAAAGCAUAGACAACAUCAGCCACUCGGCAAUCAAUAUAUGCUGCAGCUGAUCUUGUACAACUUUGUUGUACCGCAAAGUAACGACAGCAUCCGAGAUUUCGCAAGUUAUAUAUAUCUCAGUCAAAUCAAUCAAGCUGUCUCUAUGAGAAUACAAACAGAAAAAUAUCGGCAAACCAAAUCUGAAGUGAAUUCUAUAGGUGAAGGUAUGACAAUGGGAGCUCUCUAUUGGCAAUUGAAUGAUGUCUGGCAAGCUCCGUCAUGGUCUUCCAUAGAUAAAGAAGGUCGCUGGAAAAUGCUUCACUAUUAUGUCAAGGAUUUUUUCGCGCCUAUUAUUGUUACAUCGCAUUUGUCCAUUUCCAACGAACUGUCCAUAUAUAUAGUGUCUGAUCGAUUGUACACUUUAACAAAUUGUACAGUGAAACUUCAUGUUUUCAAAUGGAAUUCCAUGAAACCUAUAUUUGUAUUAUUCUUCAAUGAUAUUGUAAUAGAAUCUAAUAAAGCCAUAAAAGUUACGUCCUUUUGGUUAGAUGCAUUCCUAUCUGAAGUGGGUUGUGGAACAUUGGAAUCUGCUAAAAGAUCUUGUAUCGCCAUUUUAUCUCUCACGGAUAAAUCUGGAUCCCUAAUUGCACCAAUUAAUUAUAUAUAUUCUGAUGCGUUAAAAAAUGCAGAUAUACCAGUAGCCAACAUUACUAUGAAGACCAAAGAGAAUCAUUUACCCGGGAAACUUUCCAAUUAUGCAGAUUUUAAAAUUGUAUUAUCGACAGAUAAGAUAGCGCUUUUCGUAUGGUUAGAAACAAAUAUACGAGGUCGUUUUUCGGAAAAUGGCUUUCAUAUGUUUGUAAAAAAGAAAGAAAUUAUUUUCCAUGCAUAUGAAGCAACCACAGUUGAAUUAUUGCAAAGCAAUAUAAAACUCAUGGAUAUAUCAAAUAUUUACAAUGCAUAUACAUAA